UUAUCAUGAAUUAUAAAAACGAAGUUCUGGACGCUUAUAAAUGUGCUUUUGAAAAUGAUUUUGAUACUCUUAAAAAUAUCAUUAGGGAAUCUCCAGAUAUUAUUAACAAAAAAGACAAUUCAGGGAGAACGCUUUUGCAUUGUGCUACCAGUAAAGGAAAUAUUGAAAUUAUAGAAUAUUUAAUAGAUCAAUGCCAUGCCACUGUGGACGAAAAAGAUGAAUUAGGCUGGACACCAUUAAUGAUGGCCUCAUCAGCUGGAUGGCAAAAUGUAGUUUUUUAUCUCUUAAACAAAGGUGCAAAAGUAAACAUUACAAAUAACAACAAACAAACCCCUCUGCAUUAUGCUGCUUCAAAAAAUCAUUUAGGGAUUUUACUUUUAUUAUUAAAUGAAAAUGCCAAAGUGGAUGCAUAUGAUAAUUUUGGUAACACUCCUUUGCAUAGGGCAUCUUCUCAAGGCCAUGCUGAUAUUGUAAAGUCAUUGUUAGAAUUUGAAGCCAAUAAUAAUAUACAGAAUUUGGAAGGAAAUACUCCAUUGCACCUAGCAUGUGAAGAAAAUCGAGAAGAAAUUGUUGAUAUAUUAUUGGAAAAUCAAGCAGAUAUAAAUAUACAAAACAAGCAAAAAAAGACACCAAUCGAUAUGGCGGAACCAGGCUUAAAACGGAAAUUGACUAAAUUAAAAAAAUAAUUUUCAUUUUCGUUUAGUUUAUUCAAUCACAAAAUAAAUAUUAUUUGAUUUAUUUUACUUGUAAUAUUUUUUAAAACUUUUCCCAAAGAUGUUCAAUAAAAUUUUUUUUAAAAGAUAUAAGCGGGAUUCCCAAUUUUAGCGAUUUAUAACGUGAAUUAUGAUUUUAUUUCUAAUUUGUUUUCUCAGCCACCAAUCAUUCCGAUUUUUUUAAAGAAA